CCACUUUUGGUGAUGAUGCUUGGGGUCUUGAUUCGCCACCGCGAUGGGACGACAGGGGACCCUCCGGGAGCAGGGUAGCAGCAUGUAGAGGGUGUUACACAGGCCGUGACAUCGAGACCGCGCCGCGGCGAGCUUGUCGCCCUUUAUAACCCCGCUCGUGCGCCCCCAACAUCACCUCCGUCCCCCUGGGACCACCUCAAGUGCUAUCAUACCGUACACAAGUGUAAUCCGUGUUACCUCUUGGGCCAACACGUUCCACUGCCAGCCAGCCAUGGCGACCUCAACAACGGGCUUCGCGUCCGCCGUCUCAUUCCAGAACUGGCCGGCCAGCAUUUACAUCCUGCUGCUGUCGGUCCUCGCCGUCUUCAUCAAGAUACAGUGGCAGCCGUCCUUCCCCAAGAAUGCCCCGAAGAAGAUCAACGAGGGCUACCCGCUCCUCGGGGCGCUCCGGCUCUUCACCGACCGGGGCGACUUUUUCAAGGACUGCCUCACGGGGUCCAAGACGGGCAAUUUCAGCAUGUACUUCGGGAAGCACCAGCUUGUUGGCAUGUCAGGGGUCGAGGGGCGCAGGACCUUCUUCGAUUCCAAGGAGCUGAACAUGACGGAAGGAUAUGCCGUGAUGUUCACCGCGUCGCCCAACGUGGGCAAGAACAACAACAAACCCGGGGACGCCAACCAAUUCAGCCAGUGGUUCGCCCGGACGAUCACGAAGAUGAUGAAAAAGGAGAACUUUGUCCGCAACCUCCGGCUGCUCACGACAGACACGGCGACGGCGCUCGACGCGAUGGUCAAGCGCACCGCCGGCCAGGGCGGCACGACGGGGACCUUCGACCCGUUCGACGACAUCUACCGCAUCGUGUACCAGCUGACGAUGCGCACCGUGGGCGCGACCGAGAUCGCCGAGUCGCCGCGGCUGAUGGCCCGGACGCUGGGCCUCUUCGAGGACGUCGAGCGCAACAUGAGCACGGCGCGCAUCAUCUUCCCGUGGAUGCCGACCCUCGGCUACGUCAGGCAGACCAUCGCGGGCGGCAGGCUGUAUGUCAUCUUUGACGGGAUCGCCAAGGAGAGGAGGAGGACGGGCAAGACGCACGAGGACGCGUUCCAGUUCCUCAUGGACUCGGGCGAGGACAUCGUGCGCAUCCUGAGUUUCGUCGUCGGCGCCCUCUUCGCCGGCCAGAUCAACUCGGGCAUAAACGCAGGCUGGCUCCUGUGCUACCUGGCCACCAACCCAGAGUGGUACGCCCGGAUCCAGGGCGAGGUGGACGCCGCCCUGGCCCGGCACCGGACCUCGCCGUCGCAGACCCCCGCCGAGGUGCUGGCGACAUUAACCCUCGACGACUGGGAGGCCGAGUUCCCCCUGAUCGACCUGGCGCUGCGCGAGACGAUCCGCUUCCAGCUCGUCGGCACCGCCUUCCGCCGCAACGUCUCGGGCCGCGACGUCCCCAUCGGCAGCUCGGGCGAGGUCGUGCCCCGCGACGGCUUCGCGCUCUACUGGCUCGACGACGUGCACUUUGACCCCGAGGUCUACACCGACCCAAACGAGUGGGACCCGGGCCGCUUCCUGCCCGACCGCGCCGAGGACAAGCGCACGCCCCUGGGUUACCUGGGCUGGGGCGUCGGGCGCCACCCGUGCCUGGGGAUGCGCUUCGCCAGGCUCGAGAUGGGCAUCAUCGCCGCGCUGUUCGUCGCCAUGUUCGACUUUGAGCUGGUCGAUGGUGCUACCGGGGAGAGGAUGGACAGGGCGCCGUUUACGAGCCGGAACCGGCACUCCGCCAAGAAGCCGGAUGAGAAGCUGAGGUUGAGGUAUACCGUGCGGCAGCACUGAUCGGGGUCGGCUAGUUGGUGGCGGUUGGUUAGGAGAUGGCGGGGAUUUUGGAUGUUCCUGUGGCUUGUUGUGAGUGGUUGGGUGGACGUUCAGCAGGCGUUAAAUCUGAUGGAUACUUUUGUACGUACAUGAGCGAUUGAUGAUAUAUAUAUAUAUAUAUAUGUACGAUUCCAUAUA